AUGACAGAUUCCCUGACGUUUGACUUGUUUGAUGGCUUGCCGCUUGACUACACUUUUCUCGAGGGUGGAGGAGACGAUUCUGUGUCAGAAUCAAAAAAUGCUGGAGGCGCUAAUGGCGAUCCCAACCUGACCUCUGUUGCUAGAAGUUUCGUGAUGCCAGACGACCAAAUGCUGCUUGAUAGCGACGUGCCCAGCUCAUCUCCUACUAAUAUGAUGGCGUCAAAGUCUGAAAGCGAAGAUCUACUAUCUCCGCUUAGCUUUGUUUUUAACUCAAACGGAACACUCACUGAGGGAACGAGUUACCGCGUGGCUCCGCAACACAAGCACAAGCGAGUGCGUUCGAACCCGGACGUCUUGCAGGGAUUUAGCAUGGCAAAUAUGGCUCCAAGCGUCAUCACGCCGCCCAUUAUGGGCCACAAUCGAAUGAUUUUUUCUCAGCAUCAUACCAUGACCUCACUUGGCUCGGUUCCGCAGGAACCGAUGACUAAUCUCAUGCAUUUAGUCGACACGCCGACGCUGCAGGAUGAUUCAUUUCAAGAGAUGGAUGAAUUUCUGAAGGAGAUGUCGUGGUCAGAACUCAAUUCCGAAGAACAACAACAAUAUGUACCUGAUUUGACAACACCAGACAGAAAUAACUCUUCAAGCUUUGUCGAGGCUUCACCGGUGGCUUACCGCUCCCAGCGUAUCCAACAUGAAGUAAAUGAGCUAAAACUGAAGCGAAAGCGCCCGGCAAAUCACCAUUCAAGACACCACUCAAAUCCUGUAGAUUUGUUGCACAAUUUGGACCAGUUUCGCGUUUUGGCGCAGCAGAAUAAGCAGCAACAGAUGCAGAUGCAGGUACAACAAUCAUCGCAAAAGAUUAUUCCGGAUACGUUUAAAACGUUACAGGAUUCUACGAAUUUUUUUGUGCCGCCACAAGUCAGCACGCACCACUCUCAGUUUCAAGUGCCGCCUCAAAUUGCCAGCGGUGCUGCUCAUUCGCUACAUAGUCGUCGUUCAUCACUUGGAAGCAAUUUGCCGCCACGUGCAGCCGCUCGCAGGCGUGGAGCUAAUCGCUCAUCGGGAUUGUCCAUGGAUAUGUCCCAAAUGAAUUUAAAUUUUCUUUCGGUCCCGGAAGACGCAAGUAUGAUUGACAUUAAUACUCAACGAUCACCGCCACGACACAGUGCGAGCUCCUCUGCCUCCUCAUCAGGCACCAAGAAUUUGAGCGUGGACGAAAUGAAUCGAAAGAUGUACAAAUGCGGGCGAUGCGGACAGCCAAAAGUGGGCCACGUUUGCACGAUGCCCGAUCAACGUAACAAUUGGACCCAGGCGGAUUUGGAGGUCACUAAGGGUCUCAAGAUCAUGCGAGUCAAUUGCCAUAUCAUUACAGUAAAGAGCAAAUGGAUGGUGCGGUGCGAUGACCACGAACCACCGCAGCUUCCAAACAAGGUCGAGAUCAAAAGUGAGGAGGAAGUUGAGGCUGAGCCGUCAGGGCUUUAA